UUCUACAAAAACACGGACAAGUUCUAAAGGAGGGAUGCUUAGCUAUAUAUAUACUAGGAUGUGCGAGAUAGCCGUUGGAGAAACCGGAAACGCUCCCUUGAGGAAAUCAUCAUAGCCCUUCUGGGGUCGGUGAUUGCUUGAGUGAAGUCUUCGAUUUUACUCGCUAUGCUUUCAGAGGAUUUCCAUAGGAGGGAGGCUAGGGUUGAGCAGCUCGAUGUUUUCCUUCUGAAGAUGGACUUGGAAGGACGAUUCUUCUGCAGGGUGUCCGUUGAUGAUCAGACGACGUCGCAUAGGGAGGAUGGUAAGUGGAUGGGAGAACGACACCGUUUUGGUUUACUUGACAUGGACGCAAGACAUUCUUCAGGUCUUACCUCUGCUAUAGUAAUGGACGUUUGAGUUGUACGAUCUGCUUCCUUCCUGUUUGCCUCUUCUUUUAGUCGUUUUAAUGAUACUGAUGAGUCACUUCUGGAAUCUGCUUACGGUCUUUCGUUUGAAGAAAUACUUUCUUCCUGUAUGAGCCGCUGAAGAUGGGCGAGCUGGCUUAUGCUUCAGCCAAAAGCUUUACAGGUAACCGAAUCCUGUAGCCUUCUUGUCUUCUAAGCAAAUACUGACACCAAAGUUUCCACAACUUUUACCGAGUAGAAGAUAGUGUCAACUGUGGAAGGCAAUCUAUCUUAGCUGCCCCAGUUUCAGCUCCCAGGGUGGAAGGCCAUCAGAUGGGCUCCUUCCAGAAAAUGCAGAGCUCUGCACUUUUAGAAACAUCGUGCGGAUAUCUACUCCAGGAAUUGCAGAUGAUAUGGAAUGAAGUUGGUGAAGACCAAUUCAAUCGUGAGAAGGUUCUACUGGACUUGGAGCAGGAAUGUCUGGAGGUCUACAGAAGAAAAGUCGACAGUGCAAACAUAUCAAGGGCUCGACUGCAUCAAGAAUUGGCUGAAUCGGAAGCUGAACUUACCCAUCUUCUUCUCUCCCUUGGUGAACGGUCUCUCCCUGGACGGCCGGAGAAAGUAUCAGGAACACUGAAGGAGCAAUUGGAUGCAAUCACCCCAGCUCUGAGAGAGAUGCGUCUCAGAAAAGAGGAUAGAGUAAACCAGUUUCGAGCUGUGCAAGCGCAAAUCCAAAAAAUAUCAGCAGAGAUUGCAGGUCAAUCCGCUUAUGAUGAUUCAAUAACUAACGUCAUAGUAAAUGAGAAUGACCUUUCGUCGAAAAAACUCGAGGAAUACCAAAGUGAGCUGCAAAGACUACACAAAGAAAAGGUAAAAGUUAAUUGGGUACAUGGUUCUUAGAAGUCCAAACAGUAAAUGCACAUUGGUAUAUAUGAUUGUAAAGCUUCUUCUUUCUUCACAUCAAAAGAAUGACAGGCUUCAGCAAGUGGAGAUGUAUAUAGACACUAUCCGGAACCUUUCUGCUACAUUAGGAAUGGAGUCUUCCAUGAUAAUUACAAAGGUCCAUCCAACUCUGAAUGAGUUGUGUGGCAUUUCCAAGAACAUAAGUGACACCAUACUGGCUAAGCUGAACAGCACUGUGGAAACUCUAAAGGAAGACAAACAAAAACGCACUGAGAAGCUUUACCAUCUUGGAAAGGCUUUAACAAACCUGUGGAAUCUCAUGGACACAUCUUAUGGAGACCGCCGGCAAUUCUUUCACGUCACUAACUUAUUACGUAAAUCAUCAUCUGAAGUGUCGGAUCCAGGAUGCCUUGCUCAAAAUAUAAUCCAGGAGGCUGAAGCUGAAGUCAAGAGACUAGAUCAGUUAAAAGCAAGCAAGACAAAGGAGAUCUUCUUCAAGAAACAGAGUGAGCUGGAAGAGAUAUGUAGCAGAUCACACAUGGAGAUACCUUCAAGAUCGGAGAUGGAAAAAAUAAUCAACCUUAUUAACUCUGGUGAGAUUGAUCAUGCAAAUCUCCUUAUGAGCAUGGACGAACAAAUAUCAAGAGCAAAAGAAGAAGCAUCCAGCAGGAAGGCAAUAAUGGAAAAGGUUGAAAAGUUGAUGCUGGCGAGAGACGAGGAGCGUUGGUUGGAAGAAUAUAGCAUGGAUGAGAAUCGGUAUUCAGUCAGCAGAGGAGCUCACAGGAAUCUGCGACGUGCAGAAAAGGCCAGAAUCCUGGUCAAUAAGAUUCCAGAUUUGUUAGGUUCGCUUGUCUCCAAAACAAAGAGUUGGGAAGAAGAGAGAAAGAAAGUCUUCUUGUACGAUGAUGUACCUUUGAUGGCAAUGAUAGAAGAAUAUAACAUGGUAAGGCUUGAGAAAGAGGACGAAAAGCGAAGGCAAAAGAUGGCCCAGCAGGAAACGAAGAAGGUGCAGAUCCAAGUAGAACCAGAACCCCCCUUUACCUCGAGACCAAGCACCAGUAGUCGACGCCCUUCCAACAGAAGCUUGAAUGGAGGCUUAAGCUAUGCCACCCCUUCAAACAGAAAGCUGUCUAUGAGCAUCCAACGUUUGGGUAGCAAUAGCAUCAAUUAUUCUGCAACUCAAGCCAUAUCAUACAUAAAGGAAGGGAAGAAAAUGCAGGAAACUAAAAUUCCUCUCCCUACUCAUCGUGGGAUUACUCCACGAUUUCAAGACGAAACAGCUUCAGUACUCUCAACAUUUUCUGGGCCCUUGUCCCCUUGAAGAAUCUACUGUUCCAGACUUUGUUUAUGCUAUAGAAUGCUACACAUUUUACCAUCUUUCAGUUAGGUUGAUGAGCACGGUUGUAUUUAUGUCUCAGUAAAAAUAAAAUUUGCUUCGAGAUUGAUGUAUUCUUACAAUGAAGAUGUAAAGUUGCAGUACUAGUAAACCUAAUACUGAGUUUACAGCCUUGUUCUUCACUAAGUAUCGUCUCUCAACAAGAAAGCAUUCAAAAUUUCAAAUACCUAAUAUGAAAAUCGAGGGAAGAUGACAUUACAAUCCAAACAGAACCUAAUUCGAAGAACAAUAGAGAUCUAGGAAAAGAGAAAUACAGCUAUCCACCGGCGAUUCUCAGGCUGAAGGUGAAGCACCGCUCGCUGAUUUAGCAAAGAAAGCAUCGAUCCGGCGAGUUCCAGCCGGUGCCGGCUUGUUAGCAACUUCGCGCUUGCGGCCUACAGAAGCCUCUUCCUGCGACUGGGGAGCUGGCGGCGCGGGAAGCGAGUCUAAGAGAAAAUCGCUGGUCGGUCGGUGCCUCUUGACGGCGAUUCGGAGGUGUUCGCUCUUCACUAUCUUCCGCUUCUUCUCGGUGGCGACUUCCGCCGACUUCUCCGCGAGGAACCGAAGGAACAGCUCCGUGGAGCGCGAGACUAUGAAUAGAGCCUCCGAUGUCACCUUGUUGACUUCCUUGUCGAGCCUCAUUAUCUUCUUCACACGGCCGGCCGGGAAUUCGGUCCGAAUCGACGCUUCUUCAACGUUCUCCUCUUCUUCCGCCAUGGAUUAAUGAAAGCUCUGAACAGUAAGGAAAUCGCCGGAGAACUGAAAAUAUCGACUCUGUUUGCUGCUUCUGAGCGAGAGCGGGGAAAUGAGGGGAUCGGGAAUCGCCAAAGGUAAAUCCGAA